AGGUUGAGAUACUGAUGAUAGCGUGGAUGAAAAGUCGAAAAAGUUUCCAUUGAAACUAUUUAUCCUAAGUGUUCCAGGUCCACCGGUUUGAGAAUAUCCCGCUCUAUCUUUAUCCACCUAUCAACUCUGCUAGAGUUUAAAAUUUGAAGGUACUGCUACGAAGCCGAUAAGUCGGACACAUUCGCACUGCUGAACGAUUGGAAGGGUAGAUAAGAUCGUAUCGCGGUAUCGUCCAAACUACCCAGUUUGAAAAGCGGAUAGAAUCAUCCAGGCUUGCCAGAUCUCCACAGGGUGCAGGACUGGCGGUACUACGCCGGGCCUCGUAAGACGAGUGGCGACGCUAACGGAAUCACCUACAUCUGUUGGCUCAGGACAAGCAUGAUGAAGACCUUCAGUAUUCUCACGCACCUCGCGAUUUUAGCAGUGUUUGUAAGCCAAGCUCUCUCGAUGUCAGUCAGAUCGGCCACAGUUGAGGCCGAUGGAGCCACAAACUCGACCGAGUUGCGCCACCAGAAGUUUGUCAAGUCGCAAAAAUGUCGCUACUUCCUGUACGAGGAGAAGACGCCGUCGUGCCAGGACAACAUGUGCACGGUGGAUCGGUCACUCUUUCAAGAGCAAGGGAACUUUGACGAUGUCCUGGAGGAUGACUCUGUAUGCCUGAUCACGGCAGCCACAGGGACUACAGAUCUCCACCUGUUCUGUCCGAACAUACACGCGGACAAGCUGUUGGGAGUACCCUGCGCGACAUCGAACCCACACGACAAGGACGAGUGGUAUGUUCAGGUAGCGGGUGGUGGAUACGAGGCACUAAAUCUGAUAAAGGAUGCUGGACCAGAGUUCGUGUAUGCUGCGGCGUGGAAUGACUUUAGCUACUGCAGCUGUGACGUCGGUGACAGUGGGCUGAAACCAUUCAACGACGCGUAUUUCAACAAAUGCAGCCGCUCUCUGCAUAUACAUGUCCUAAACGAAACCACCGCCGGUCGAUAUCGUUGCCAGUAUUAUCACCCGGACGGGCGACCGGCCGGAUUUCAGGAUUUUAUUGUUGAACUCGCUCCCAACAAGUGUAAAAUGUGCGACGACAGGUCCUCCUGUAAGCAAAUCGCUAUGCCCCGGAACCAGCCAAUGCCCCUUCCGACCCCGUCGAAUGGGAAGUACAAUGGCAAUGGAUUCACAUCGGACACAUCGUACUCAGUGAAGCUUGGUGAGGCGUUCUGCGUGCAGGCAACAUCAGACGAUGUGCCGUUCAGCCCCACCUGGGAUUACGCCAUUGCUGCGACUGACCACAAGCCCGUCAGGCUGAUGGCACCGAAGCUGAAAAACAACAGAGUGAACAUGCAGCCGUACGCGUCCGUAUAUGGCGACAACAGCAACUGCUUGGUAAUGGAGACGAUGACGUAUGGCCUGCCGGGUGACUACAUGAUCCGGUACCAGGAUGCUACCAUGACCGACCCUCCGGCGCUGGUGUUCCGACUCGCUGUGGACGAAUCCCCCGCCUCGCCGUGGAACACUGUCCAGACGGCUGCCAUCGGAUCAGUCGCCGGUAUUGGAUUCCUCCUACUUCUAGUCCUAGUCGUGUAUUCUCUCUUGCUCUGCAAGCGUACAUGUAGGCGUACAUGUACGCGUAGGCGUAGGCCUGAUGACCCGCGGCCGCCAGAGGAGGCUAGGCCACUGAUUGAUGAUGGAGUACAUGGGGGAUCAGCCCAGGCGCGUGCAUUGCGAGGGACAGGUGCCAUUCCUAGCCCAGGAGCAGACGAUGGCAGUCCUUGCAGGAGUGAACCUAACAGCGCAAGAAGCAGUCGAGCCAGUAGCACCGCGGGUAACGCCAUUGCCAGCUUCUCCAACGACAUCGGUGUCGAGGACCCCCGUCUCAACCAGAGCGGAACACACGUGACGGGAGAAAGACAAGGUCAGCCUGGUCGGCGGCAAGUCACCGCUCCACUGCCGGGCGGAAACAACCGUACUCGGCCACGUACCCCUAAAUCACACGCCGACGAGACCGACCCCUUGCUUGCUCAGGGGAAGAGGACAACAUCACAUGGACCCACUAUAGCAGUGUCAUUAGAAACGGCCUUCAACUCGCCGGUCGAAGAUGUCAUGCUGGGUACAGCCAAUACUGUAGAGGACACGAGGGGGCUUAAGCAGGGACAGCCGAUAUCUCACAACUCUGCAGCUGGUACUCCACCCAUCAAGGUCAUUCACCCUAACCGUCGCAGCCUUCAGUCACAGCUCGAUGAGGGCGAUACCGGCAGCAGCAGGACAGGAUCAGUCGCAAACAAUGAAUCACCCAUCCCUCAGAGAUCCCAUCGGCAGCGAGCUCUAGCUAAAGCAGGAAGUCGCAGCUCCCUGGAACGGUCAGGGGAUGGAUCAGUCACACCAAUCCCCGACAUCAUGGAUGGCAGCAGCAGAUCAGGUUCAGACGCAAGCCAGUACAAAGCCGCACGGACUCGCAACAAGUCGCAAUCUCCCCCGAGAGGAAAACUCCAGAAGGGUCGUCAACAAACUCCUGAUGCCGAUGAUAGCACUGAAGAAACGCAACUACUUGGACGUCCUCUGUCGCCGGAACGAAGAUCAAAAAGCCCCACAAUCCCCGAGGAGACAAAUACCUCGGAGGUGGGAGCAGCGCUUGCUGCAGCAGCAGCUGACUCCAUCUGCAGGAACAUCAUCGAUGUCGGGCCCAGGCUGCCGCAGACCAGCAGCUCCUCCAGCAUUCCCAGCAUGGUGGAGGAGACCGGCAGAAGCCAGAAACCGUCGGAAUGGUCCCCGCGCCCGAACAACGGCAAACACUACAACCGCCUACGGGAUGAAGAGAGUGACAACGACUCCAAUGCGGUCACAAACAGGGACAGCACGAAAAAGAUCACAAAACAUCCGCCUGGAGACGGAGGCAACCGGCGGUCUAGGUCAACACCUCCAUUCUGACACUGUAAUCUCUUUUGCAGUUUGGCAGCAACUGGGAGCGCACUUAGUCAUGGAUCAUGAACACUAGCGGAAGAGCAGCGUUCGAAAUAUUCGAGUACAUUUCCGAGACUCCAUCAUCCUUUUGUUUCUUGUUUAGGCCCGCGUGCAGAGAAUUCAUAGUGAGUUUAGAAUUCAGUAGUGAAUGGCAAAUGUCUGAGGAUUGCUGCAAUUCGUGAAACUUGAAAUUACAGCUACACAACCUUUCGCUUCCGUCUGUGUAUGUGUAUCGUCCUAUUUAUCAUCUUAUUGUAUUCUUCCAAACUCUAGUGAUCAUGAUAAUAACAAUCAUAUGUCUAGAGUCAUUAAGCUUUACAAAUCUUGUUUAUUUCAGUCGGGUAAGCUGGACGGAUGCGUGAAACGUCUCAUUAAUUUCUUUGCCGUCCGCGUGAUUGCUGGCUGAUCACGCGCCAUGUGAUUACCGAUCGUACAUUGAUCUGGACCAUUUUUCUUUUGUCCGCGUCAAGUAUUUUAUAACAUUUUUUUAAGAAUAAGGAGAAUAUCUACAAAAGGAGAUUUUGUAUGCCUGGUGUUACGUGUAUCUUUGACAGGCAAAGAGCUACUGUGAGUUUUAAAAGCAGUUUAAAAACUGUUGUAUAUGCCAGCAUUGCUUGGCGUAAGUUAUUGGUGAUAACAAGUAUGACUAUGACUGUGGUCUUCGAGAAAUGAGAUAAUGAGAUGAUUUUUUCCCUUCUUUAGCGAUCCAAGUGA